AUUGUUCUAAAACAAAAAUGGAGUAUUUUCUUCUUGUUCCUCUGGUUGCCUUCAUUUUGUUUCUUCAUUGGUGGUUCUUUAGCCCUUCAAACACACAAAAGAGGUUAUUGCCACCAUCUCCAACAAAGCUUCCAAUCAUAGGUAAUCUCCAUCAACUUGGAUCACUUCCUCACCGUUCUCUCCAUAAACUAUCCAAAAAAUAUGGUCCAGUCAUGCUACUUCACUUCGGCAGUAAGCCAGUUCUUGUUGCUUCCUCUGUCGAUGCUGCUCGGGAUAUCAUGAAAACUCACGAUCUUGUUUGGUCAGGUAGACCUAAAUCUAGCAUGACUGAUGGACUCUUUUAUGGAUCUAAAGACGUGGCCUUUACUCCAUAUGGUGAAUACUGGAGACAAAUUAGAAGCAUAACGGUGCUUCACCUUCUCAACAACAAAAGAGUCCAAUCUUAUCGUCGUGUGAGAGAAGAAGAAAUAUCAAACAUGAUUGAUAAAGUUAGGCAACAAUGUGAUUCAGUGAUAGACUUGAGAGAUAUUUUAAGUUGUAUGACUAAUAACAUAAUCAGCAGAGUGAACAUAGGAAGGACAUAUAAUGAAGGGGAAAGUGGAAUAGCUGUUAAGGCUCUCCUAGAACAACUUCUUGUACUAACAGGUACUUUAAACAUUGGGGAUUAUAUUCCAUGGCUUAAAUGGGUCAAUAAAAUCAAUGGUCUGAAUAGCAGAGUGAAGAAAGUAGCUAAAGAUUUGGAUGCAUUUCUAGAGAGCGUCAUUGAAGAAGGCAUGAUUAGGAACAAGAAAGGAGAAUGCAAUGUGGGUGAAGCUAUAGAUUUCAUGGGAGUUUUGCUGGAAAUUCAGAAUGGAAAGGAGACUGGUUAUACUCUUCAGAGAGAUUCAUUGAAAGCUAUCCUUUUGGAUGCGUUUGUUGCUGGCACAGAAUCAACGUAUACAGCUUUAGAGUGGACAAUGACAGAGCUUUUAAGGCAUCCAAGAGUUCUGAAAAAGUUAGAGGAUGAAGUGCGAGAAUUAGGCCAAGGGAAAACAGAGAUAACAGAGGAUGACUUAGGAAAUAUGCAGUAUCUCAAAGCAGUGAUCAAAGAGUCCCUCAGGCUUCAUCCUCCGAAUCCACUUCUUGUUCCUCAUGAAUCAAUGGAAGACGUAAAAUUACUAGACUAUCACAUACCUGCUAAAACUGAAGUCCUUAUUAAUGCUUGGGCAAUCGGCAGAGACCCAUUGUUGUGGGACGAUCCAGAGGAGUACCGACCAGAGAGGUUCUUGAAUAGUGAUAUUGAUUUCAAAGGACUAAACUUUGAGUUGAUUCCGUUUGGAGCUGGCAGGAGGGGUUGCCCAGGAAUUACUUUUGCUAUUAUCAUAAAUGAGCUAGCAUUAGCAAGGAUUGUGCACAAGUUCAAUUUAGCAUUACCAAAAGAAGAAGAAGAAUUGGACAUGACUGAAUGCCAUGGGCUCGCUGUUCGUAGGAAAUUACCUUUACUAGCGGUGGCUACUUCAUGGUCUAGCUAGUGCUUAAUAAUUUCACGAUCUGCUUCCUUUUUGGGUGUUUUGCACGUCUCUGUUAUGUUGUUGUUUGCAAGAUUUCUUCUUUUGACAUGUUCUUGUAUGCCAAAAACAUCAAGCUAUUCUAUACGUCUUGCCGUUUGAUAUU